AGCGAAUCAAGUGAGAGCCCAAGUAUUGGGUGACCAACCAGUCCCAGCCCAGUAAUAAGCAAGAAAUCUAAACGAUUACUAGACAUGUGCCUUCUCCUCUCGCUUGGCUGCUGCGGCUGCUCCUCUCCGAAAUCCUGCCAGGAAAUGCAGAAGCCCCCAGAACAGCACCAGCAGCCGAAUAGCUACCACUCCGAGAUCCAGCUAUGCGACCUACCACCCUCACUCUCCUGCCAGGUGACCACCAGCCAGCCUUCGCUGUACAGCAUGAGUCCCAGUCUGAUGGCCUUGCCCCACAGAAAUGCCACAUCGAGCACCCUGAGCUCCUGGGCCGGCGAGGAGGAACUCUGCGCUAUGGAGGACUACGAGGAUCGCACUUCCUCCCGGUGGACAGCCUGGUGGCUCAAAGAGCCCUCUGUUGGCGAUCAGGGAUGUCGGUCUACCAAGGCGACGUAACUUCUAAGUCAUGUCAAAAGAAUUUCUAUCCUGAGCUCUCCAGCAAAAUGGAAAAUUCGUCGAUAGACCAGGGGGAGCUCCGUCUAAUAGUGCACCCUCGACUUCUGGAAGAUCCUUGCUAUCCAGACCCUGAAUGAUAACGAAAGCUAGACUAAGUCUUGGACUCUCUACUAAAUACCAGCGAAAAUAAAAACGAAUUUUCCAUUUCAA